AUGUCGGCCGAGCAGAGCCAGCUUGCCGCGCUCACUGCCCAGAUUGUGCAGAUGCACCAAGAGAUGGAAUACUGGACGCGGCAGCUGCAACACGCCCAGACGCAGCUGCAAGCGGCACAGUUCCGCUCCGGCCAGUACACCCGGCACGGUCAGAAUCCCGACCCCUUCAUCGUCGUCGCCGUCAAUAACCACAGCGUGGCGUGCAACCAGAUACAGCAAAACAUGGCCGUCCUGCUCAACAGAAAGGCAGCUGCCGAGGUCGAGCACGCGCGACUAUCGCGGCUCGUCACAAGACGAGGAUUCUAG